GAUGUUGUAGAAGUUAUUCAAAAACUAACAUGUGGUCCUCCAAAGUUUCUCAUUUUGUUAUGCAAAGAACAUUUAGUACAAGUUCUAUUUUAAAGGCUGGUUUAGAUUUGAUGACAUUAGAUGGAAAGAAGAGUCCAGGUCGCCAGGAGCUUUGUUUUGAUAUUCUCUUCGGCAUUCACCCGAUCAGUUGUGCAAUCGAAGCUAAACGUCGUUCCAUUGAGACUGUUUUCUACCGGAGAGAUUUGCUGAACCACAAUGUACGAGCUAAAGAAAUUCUCGAACGAUGUUGGGCGGAGAACGUUAAAACUCAAGUUCUUCCGCAGAGCAAGAUUGACAAUAUUGCACCAAAAGGAAAGCCAAAUCAAGGGCUACUUGCUAAAGCUACUCGUUUAUAUUAUAUACCCACCCCUUGUACUCAGAAAUUUAUUGCAAACUCCCAAUCAGAAAAAGAAUCUUGCCAAUCACCAGUGUGGCUAUUGCUCAAUGAAAUCCAGGAUCCUAUGAACUUUGGUUCAGUCCUGAGGUCUGCUUAUUUCAUGGGAUGUAACAAGGUCUUUGUCAGCUCCCACAAAAGCUGUUCAUUGACUCCAGUUGUCAGUAAAGCAAGUUCUGGGGUAAUGGAGUUAAUGCCUGUCUAUUCAGUCAAUAACCCAUCUCAGUUCUGCCAAAUUCUCAAGGAGUCCAAAUGGGAUAUUGUGGGGACUGGUUCACACAAUGAUGAAACAAACGAAAAGUCACUAGUAUGUAGUCCAGUCGGUUCAUUUUUUCGAAAAAAUCCAACCCUUAUCAUAUUGGGUAAUGAAGGACAAGGUUUACCUGAAGAACUUGUAUCGUUGUGUACCCACCGGCUUUAUAUCGAAGCUCGGCCUAACCUGAACAAAAACAUAGAUUCAAUGAAUGUGUCUGCUGCCGCAGCAGUUAUACUGCACACCAUUCUCAAUCGCAGUGAUCGCAGCUAACCCAGAAUUCCAUCGUAUUUUGCCAUGCGAGCAGCGGCAUGAGGUGAAAGUGGGCCCUUGUCAACCCCCUUUUUCGUUUUCGUUAACAAUGCUGGAGGGGACUUUGGCGUGUCCGCUCUAACCUAGGUUCUCACUCAUUCUUUCUUUAACAUUUCAUUCUGUUUGUGUACGCGACAACGGCUAGGUCGCAAAAUUGAUUACGCUGAUUUUAGGAAGAUUUGCAUUUUGAACGAAUUGUGUAGCAGAAGCUGAACAAGUCGCUAUGAAGAGGACAUUUCGAUGGAAGAGAAGUGUUCUCCUGUUGACAGUUAUCGCAUUCGUGUUAAUCGUUUUCCAGGAUGACUGUGCGGACGCUGCGGCUGUGGGAGAGCGGAAACUAGACAACAUAAAGGAUCCCAGUCCCCUCGCAACCCAUAAUAUUGUCAAAAGGCAUUGGAAACUGCAUAAUGAUAAACAGUACGGAGAUGGCAGUUUAAAGAAAUUUUUCUUUAUGCUUAAGAUCAUUUUAACACUUUUUGGUAAACACUAAAUAAUGGAUGGUUUAUCUGUAAUAGUCUUUAUUGCUGGUGUCCAACCUCAUUUCCUAUGUACUAUAUACCAUGCAUUGAAUUCACGUUUGUUCCAUCUAUCCUCUAUGUAUUCAAGUUGAAAAUUUAAAGAAAAACAAAGAACCACAAUUCAAUAAAAUUGAGUUAAUAACUUAAAA